CAACCGACAGCUGACUAGCCCAGCCGGGUAGAGCGAGAGGGAGAGGUGGGGAACGAAACGACAGACGGUGGAAUUGCAUGGAAGACUCACCGCACUCUUGUAGAAACACCGAUAUCGAAACACCUGAGGCUGGAGCUGCUGUGAUCUGAGGCACUGUCCCUACAUGCCUGUACCAGUCUAAGGACUCCAGUAGUUGCUUUCAACCACACCAUCUCCACAUUACCACAGAACCAUAGGGUCCAACCCUGACCUCUGCUCCAGGGAGCCACCUAACCGCCCUCCACACCCAUUGAUGGUUCUAGAAGAAGAUCUGAGCUGCUUGUCUCCCACACGACGGCAGGCCAUGCAUUUUGCCUAAACCCAUCCUCCCUCUUCCUCUAAACCAAUCCGAGGCAGCCAUGAACCCCCAGGAGGUGGAGUUAGGCCAGGAACUGAGCGAGGACGUGGAAGCCGACUUGCCCGCUCCUCAACGCCGUCGCCAUGACAACAACACUGCCACAAACAGCAGGCGACCCCGGCAGCCUAGCAACCAUAGUAGUGAAAACAACAACCACGCUGCUCCGCGCUACAGGAGGUAUAAUGAGGCCCCUGGUGCAGGUGUCAGCAGAAUCAGAGGAGCCCCACAGCGGAGGUCAACAGAGGAGCCAGAGGCAGAGCUGCACCAGGGGGCCCAGUCUCCUCCCCAGCAGCCCCAGCCUCAGCCCCAGCAGGCCCAGGGUCAGUCUCUGCCCAUCCCGCGACCUGCAGUGACACGUUACCGUAGACAGGAGGACAGUGAGGCCAGGCUCAGAGCACAGCAGCAGAGACACACACAGAGACAGCAGAGAGAGGCUGAGAGGGCCCAGCAACAACAACCACCUCCACCAGGCCCACAGCCUGUUCACUCUCUACCCCCACAACCAGAUGAGCCGGAGGAACAACCACCUCCACCAGGCCCACAGCCUGUUCACUCUCUACUCCCACAACCAGAUGAGCCGGAGGAGGAUGAGGGGGAGAGAGAGAGGGAGAGAGAGGGUGAUGAUUAUGCAUUAGCUCGUUCUGCUAGCACAGAAAGCGGUUUCCACACACACACAGACCGGGCAGAGGGCGACGCCGUCAUGGCACUAGAUCCUGAGGCAGAGGACGACUGCGGUACCUACGAGGUGACGCUUCGCCCAGAGGCAGAGGGAUACACAGAGAGUGCUGAGUCAGAGCAACAACACCCCCACCCCAACCUGAACCUCAACUACCCCCCUCUGCCCCCUCCCUUACCCCGGGAACCCCUACCAGAUGUUGGGAGACCCCCCAGUCAGGAGGAGGCAGAGGAGACCCUGAACCCUGGAGGAGGUUACUCCAACUACGUGUACACCCAGCCUCUCUACCGCCGUGGGGGAGGGGCCAGCAGAAAAGGGGGGCGGGACAGCAGCGUGGAGGAAGGGGUGGAGCCAGAAGACGAGGCGUAUUCUGAAGCCUACGACUACUCCCUGACAGAACACGUCUACGAGGAGAUCGGCGACGCUCUCUCUUCUGCCGCAAAGGUUGCAGAGCCUAUGGACGCCAAUGAGAACCUCCAGCAGAGGAAGGCGGGGUUCCAUCUGUUUGAGGGGCGGGAAGGAGGCGGGGACUACCGACAGCAGGAGGCGGUGGGGUCACGGCUCCACCACUACGAUGAACGCUCGGACGGGGAGUCGGACAGCCCGGAGAAGGAGGCGGAGUUUGCUCCGUACCCACGGGCAGACAGUUGCGACCAGGACGGGGAAGAGGACAUCGACAUGAUCGUAGCCGAGGUCAGAGAGAGUCUCAGCUCUCAGAGUCUGGAAAGAGCUGCUGCCGGGCUACGGGAGGGAGGAGAGGAAGAGGACAUGAUGGAAGGAGGAGAGGAAGAGGAGGGAGAGUGGCCCGAAUCCGAACACGCUCACAAUUCUCAAUCCGAUGCGCCCACAGACUCCACAUACCGCAAGGGAGAGAUAGAAGGAGAGGGAGAUGAGAGUGAAGAAGAGAGCAUCCCACCCCCAGCAGAAUCUGACGACUGGUCUGGGGUUCGUAACAGUCGUGAAAAGAGAGACGCCAUCUCCCUGGCCAUAAAGGACAUCAAGGAGGCCAUAGAAGAGGUGAAGACCAGGACGGUGAGGUCACCCUAUACCCCUGAUGAACCUAAAGAGCCCAUCUGGGUGAUGAGACAGGACCUGAGCCCCACCGCUGAGUGCUGUGACCUGCAGCCCUCACUAGGUGGCGACUCUCCAGGCUCAGACUCUCAGGCCUCUCCUCAGGGGGCGGAGUCUUCUGUCCGGACGCCCAUGCUCGAGGGGAGUGACAGCUUCGAGUCUCCACCGCCCUCCACUAAAGAGUCCAGGAGAAGCCUCGCCUCCUUCCCUACCUAUGUAGAAGUCCCAGGUCCGUGUGACCCAGAGGACCUGAUCGAUGGGAUCAUAUUUGCUGCUAACUACCUGGGCUCCACCCAGCUGCUGUCUGACAAGACGCCCUCAAAGAACGUCCGUAUGAUGCAGGCCCAGGAGGCCGUCAGCCACAUCAAGCAGACUCCAGAGGGAGAAGCCCAGCCCAUGACAGAGGUGGAUCUCUUCAUCUCCACCCAGAGGAUCAAAGUCCUCAAUGCUGACUCACAGGAGACCAUGAUGGAUCACACCCUGAGGACCAUCUCCUACAUCGCUGACAUCGGCAACAUCGUGGUUCUGAUGGCGAGACGCCGCAUGCCCCGCCCAGACUCAACGGACAGUGUGGAGGUGUCUGAACCUGACCAGGAGGAGAAACAAAGCCAGUACAAGAUGAUUUGUCAUGUUUUCGAGUCGGAGGAUGCCCAGCUGAUAGCCCAGUCUAUAGGACAGGCCUUCAGUGUGGCGUACCAGGAGUUCUUGAGGGCCAAUGGCAUCAACCCAGAGGAUCUGAGUCAGAGAGAAUACAGUGAUCUGCUCAACACUCAGGACAUGUACAAUGAUGACCUCAUACACUUCUCCAAGUCUGAGAACUGCAAAGAUGUUUACAUUGAGAAGCAGAAGGGUGACAUUCUGGGCGUGGUGAUUGUGGAGAGUGGGUGGGGCUCCAUCCUGCCCACAGUCAUCAUCGCCAACAUGAUGCAUGCCGGUCCAUCUGAGAAGUCUGGUCGUCUGAACAUCGGAGACCAGAUCAUGUCUAUCAACGGGACCAGUCUGGUAGGACUACCCCUGUCUACCUGCCAGACUAUCAUUAAGGGUCUGAAGAACCAGUCUCGUAUCAAGCUGAACAUCGUAAGGUGUCCUCCCGUAACCACGGUGCUCAUCAGACGACCUGACCUCAGAUACCAGCUAGGCUUCAGCGUACAGAAUGGCAUUAUCUGCAGCCUUAUGCGAGGGGGCAUCGCUGAGAGGGGAGGAGUCAGGGUUGGCCACCGCAUCAUCGAGAUCAACAGCCAGAGCGUAGUGGCCACACCCCACGAGAAGAUUGUCCACAUCCUGUCCAACGCCGUGGGAGAGAUCCACAUGAAGACGAUGCCAGCUGCCAUGUACCGCUUGCUAACUGCCCAGGAGCAACCCGUUUACAUCUAGAACCGACCUCACCUUCUGACUCUAUCCUGACCCCUGACCCCCAGCAUCACUGCACCCUCUGUGUGUGAGGCAAUUCCUCCCCCUCUCCCCAAACCCCAGAUCACCAUUGGAGAAUGAAGCUUAUAUAGCCUUAUGAGUGGACCUAUCAUGUGCUCUGGAAUACUCUCUAAUCCGAUUGUUUUGCUGUGGAGAGUAGAGGUGGGCUGUACCAGACAGCUUGUUCAAGCCCCUCCCAUCCCGAGGGUCGUUUCCUGCCCUUCUCUCUCGUUCUCUCCCUCUGUCUUUCUCUGUCUUUUUUCCCUCUCUCUUUCUCCAAGCAUUAUCUCCUUCUCCAUUAUCUCCCUCUCUCUCUCUCUCUCUCUCUCGCUCUCUCUCUCUCUCUCUCUCUCUCUCUCUCUCUCUCUCUCUCUCCGGCUGCACUCAUCUGAUAUGUUAGGGUUACCUCUGUGUUCUCCCACAACACAAACAAGAAGAGAAUGAGUGUGAAACCUGCUGAUUAACAAGUGUUACCACUCUGAACAACCAAUCACAUAUUCUUCCUCAUAACAUUCCACACCUUCCAGCUAACAUUAACGAGAGUCGAGGCAGAUGAUGAAAGACUCUGGUAGCCCACCAGAACAGAUGAAGAAAACAAAUCGUUCCCAACUUUCCAACUUUAGUUUUUCCUUUCUUUUGUCUCCAGUAUGUUUUUAUGGCUGAGAUUUGGGCUGAUUUAUCCAGCAUUCCAAGCUGCGUUCUCUCUUCUCUAUGCCCAGACAUUUGUUAUUGUCUGAACUCAUCUCAUCCAGAGGAGGUACACUAUCAAUCAAAUUCAAUCUAAUGUAUUUCUAAAGCCCUUCUUACAUCAGCUGAUGUCUCAAAGUGGUGUAUAGAAACCCAGCCUAAAACCCCGAACAGCAAACAAUGUAGAUGUAGAAGCACUACACCCACUCAAUGAUUUACUACCUUCAAAGGAAUCCAUGUUCCCUUACAAAAACAUACGUGUUGUCCAGGAAAACCAGUUCUACAAGUUCUACAAGCUCGGCUCCAGUCACGUGCACGGCUGAUAUUGGUCUAUUCACAUUCUCACGUGCACGGUUUAUUUCCACCCUGGGAAGAGCAGGGGAAGAACUGGAUCAUCAAACCGCAAUAUGCCAGAAAAGUUUAACAACAUUAAGGAUUUUACAGGCACUCUGACCGGUGCUACGUGAUGUAUUCCAUCCAGAGUCAUGUAUAUUCUGAAUAUAAUAUAUGCCUUUGUCUUGUCUGAUGGAGCAACAGGGAGUGAUGGGUUUUGUCUUGUCUGAUGGAGCAACGGGAGUGAUGGGUUUUGUCUGGUCUGAUGGAGCAACAGGGGGUGAUGGGUUUUGUCUGGUCUGAUGGAGCAACAGGGGGUGAUGGGUUUUGUCUGGUCUGAUGGAGCAACAGGGGGUGAUGGGUUUUGUCUGGUCUGAUGGCGCAACAGGGGGUGAUGGGCUUUGUCUGGUCUGAUGGAGCAACAGGGGGUGAUGGGUUUUGUCUGGUCUGAUGGAGCAACAGGGGGUGAUGGGUUUUGUCUGGUCUGAUGGAGCAACAGGGAGUGAUGGGUUUUGUCUGGUCUGAUGGAGCAACAGGGAGUGAUGGGUUUUGUCUUGUCUGAUGGAGCAACAGGGAGUGAUGGGUUUUGUCUGGUCUGAUGGAGCAACGGGGUGAUGGACUGUCUUUGUGCCUCCUGGGAAAACGGGUUGUAGCUGAAUACUGUAGUACGAUAGUUCACCAGGGUUUCUGCUGGAACAGAACACAUCCAUCUAAAUCAGAGGAUAGAUAGCAGAAGAGAUUACCCAGACUGAGUUAGGGUUAGGAUUAGACUGUGUUACAAUACAGAAGAGAUUACCCAGACUGAGUUAGGGUUAGGAUUAGACUGUGUUACAAUACAGAAGAGAUUACCCAGACUGAGUUAGGGUUAGGAUUAGACUGUGUUACAAUACAGAAGAGAUUACCCAGACUGAGUUAGGGUUAGGAUUAGACUGUGUUACAAUACAGAAGAGAUUACCCAGACUGAGUUAGGGUUAGGAUUAGACUGUGUUACAAUACAGAAGAGAUUACCCAGACUGAGUUAGGGUUAGGAUUAGACUGUGUUACAAUACAGAAGAGAUUACCCAGACUGAGUUAGGGUUAGGAUUAGACUGUGUUACAAUACAGAAGAGAUUACCCAGACUGAGUUAGGGUUAGGAUUAGACUGUGUUACAAUACAGAAGAGAUUACCCAGACUGAGUUAGGGUUAGGAUUAGACUGUGUUACAAUACAGAAGAGAUUACCCAGACUGAGUUAGGGUUAGGAUUAGACUGUGUUACAAUACAGAAGAGAUUACCCAGACUGAGUUAGGGUUAGGAUUAGACUGUGUUACAAUACAGAAGAGAUUACCCAGACUGAGUUAGGGUUAGGAUUAGACUGUGUUACAAUACAGAAGAGAUUACCCAGACUGAGUUAGGGUUAGGAUUAGACUGUGUUACAAUACAGAAGAGAUUACCCAGACUGAGUUAGGGUUAGGAUUAGACUGUGUUACAAUACAGAAGAGAUUACCCAGACUGAGUUAGGGUUAGGAUUAGACUGUGUUACAAUACAGAAGAGAUUACCCAGACUGAGUUAGGGUUAGGAUUAGACUGUGUUACAAUACAGAAGAGAUUACCCAGACUGAGUUAGGGUUAGGAUUAGACUGUGUUACAAUACAGAAGAGAUUACCCAGACUGAGUUAGGGUUAGGAUUAGACUGUGUUACAAUACAGAAGAGAUUACCCAGACUGAGUUAGGGUUAGGAUUAGACUGUGUUACAAUACAGAAGAGAUUACCCAGACUGAGUUAGGGUUAGGAUUAGACUGUUACAAUACAGAAGAGAUUACCCAGACUG